AUGGCUACAGUUCUGUUUUUAGAAACCGUGUUCAAUAUCUGUGAGGAAGCACUGAUGGAGAAGGGGGUGUGGGUGGAGUAUCAGUGUGAUGGUUUUCUGGAGAAGAAUAAAGACACAGUGAAUGAGGAGCAGAUACAUGUUCUGAAGGCCAGUAAGUUUGACCUGCUGGUAGAGCUGUUCCAGGAUGAGGAGAAAGCCACAAGUCCGACCGGUGCUGCUCUUGCUAUUGGAGGACGCACUCGCCUCAGCGUCAAACCAGACAAGAACAAAGCCGGCCAAGCCAGCAAAGAACACAAGAAGACAGUUGGACUGCAGUUCCGUAACUCUCUGCAGCUGCUGAUGGAGACACUGAAUGCGACUACACCACAUUACGUUCGCUGCAUAAAACCCAACGAUUACAAAUAUGCCUUCACGUUUGACCCCAAGAGGGCAGUGCAGCAACUGCGUGCAUGUGGUGUUUUGGAAACAAUCCGCAUUUCUGCAGCUGGUUUCCCAUCUAGGUGGACGUAUCAGGAGUUCUUUAGCAGGUAUCGUGUCCUGAUGAAACAAAAAGAUGUUUUGACAGACAAGAAGAUGACCUGUAAGAAUGUUCUGGAGAAACUGGUGCAGGAUCCAGAUAAGUACCAGUUUGGCAAGACCAAGAUCUUUUUUCGCGCAGGGCAGGUUGCGUAUCUGGAGAAACUGCGUGCAGAUAAGCUGCGUGCUGCCUGCAUCCGCAUCCAGAAGACCAUCCGCUGCUGGCUGGCACGCAAGAAGUACCUGCGCAUGAAACAUGCUGCCACAACCAUCCAGAGAUACGUCCGUGGAUACCAGGCCCGCUGUCUUGCAAAAUUCCUGCGUCGCACACGUGCUGCGAUCAUCAUUCAGAAGUACCAGCGCAUGUAUGUCCAGAGAACAUGUUACAAACGCAAGCAGGCUGCCGCUCUGGUCAUGCAGUGCAUCCUCAGGGCGUACAUGGCCAGACAGCUGUACAAAGCGCUUCUGCGUGAGCACAAGGCCAUCAUCAUUCAGAAGAUGGUCCGAGGCUGGUUGGCGCGGCAGUGGUUCAAGCGGACGCUCGAAGCCAUCGUUUACCUGCAGUGCUGCGUCCGCCGCAUGCGAGCCAAGCGAGAACUCAAGAAGCUCAAGAUCGAAGCACGUUCGGUGGAACACUUUAAGAAACUCAACAUCGGCAUGGAGAACAAGAUCAUGCAACUGCAGCGCAGGAUAGACGACCAGAACAAGGAGAACCGUGUUGUCAGCGAGCGUUUGAACAGUCUAGAGGUCAGCCAUGCUGCAGAGUCUGAGCGUCUGCGUGUAGAAUUGACGCGUCUGCGAGGGGCAGAAGAGGAUGCCAAAAACAAUGCCAACAAAGUUACAUCUCUUCUGGAAGAGCUGGAGCGACUGCGCAAAGACCUGCAGAACACACGGAAGGAGAAGAAAGCAAUCGAGGACUGGGCACAAACCUACCAGGACGAGAUGGAAAAGAUGAUCUCAGAACUAAAGGAGCAAAACCACCUGCUGAAGAACGAGAAAAACGACCUGAACCGACUGAUCCAAGAACAGAGCCAGCAGUGGACAGAGAAAAUGCAGAGGGCUCUGAAGGAGGAAACUCAGCAGUUAGAAAACGAUUUAAACGAGGAACGUUCUCGCUACCAGAACCUUCUUACCGAACACCUCCGACUAGAGGAGAAAUACGACGAUUUGAAAGAGGAGAUCACACUUGCUGUAAAUGUUCCAAAACCUGGUCACAGACGCACAGACUCCACACACAGCAGCAACGAAUCAGAAUAUACCUAUAAUUCAGAGUUUGCCGAGUCCGAGGAAGGGACCCGCGGAGGGGAGGACGCUUCCAAGGCGAUACUGGAUAUGUCCUUGUUCCUAAAGCUGCAGAAGAGAGUUUCCGAGCUAGAGCAAGAAAAACAGUCACUACAGAACGAACUCGAUAGGAGAGAAGAGCAGUUUCAGCGGGCUAGAGCUAGGGAUGAUGAGGAACAUAAGAAAGCUCGUAGUGCUGAGCUGGAAUAUGAAUCUCUCAAGCGUCAGGAGUUGGAGUCAGAGAACAAGAAGCUCAAACAUGAUUUGAAUGAGAUGCGUCAGUCUCUGAGAGGCAGCGCUGAGGCCGGUUCUGCCGCUCCAGGUUCUCCUGCUUACACGGUCCUGCUGGAUCAGCUGAACGCCUCCAACGAGGAGCUGGAGGUGCGGAAGGAGGAGGUGCUCAUCCUGCGCUCUCAACUUGUCAGUCAGAAAGAGGCCAUGCAACACAAGGAUGAGAAGGCGACCAUGACUGAGCCUUUGCCGUACAUUGAGGAUGUGCAGAAGCUGACUGAUGCCAAGGAGAUCUCCCAGGCCUACAUGGGCCUUAAAGAGACCAACAGGUUUACACGCAGACCGACUGAAGUGAACGAGCUUGUGAGCAGGUUGAGAUCCCCAUUCCCUGACUACCAUAAGCUGAAUGAGGAUGGAGAACUGUGGCUGGUUUAUGAAGGGUUAAAGGAAACUAACAGGUUGUUGGAGUCUCAGUUGCAGGCUCAGCGGCGGUCUCAUGAGAACGAGGUGGAGGUUUUGCGUGGAGAAUUGCAGAGUGUUAAAGAGGAGAAUAACCGUCAGCAGCAGCUGUUAGCUCAGAACCUGCAGCUUCCUCCAGAGGCCCGAAUCGAGGCCAGUCUACAGCACGAGAUCACGCGCCUCACCAACGAGAACCUGGAGCUUCACUCCGAUGAUCCAAAGGAGUAUAAAGCCUACAGAAUCAGCAUGUUACGCAGGAUGGUUGAUCUUAUGGAGCAACUGGAGAAACAGGACAAGACCGUCCGCAAACUGAAGAAGCAGCUCAAAGUCUUCGCAAAGAAGAUCAAUGAUCUGGAAGGUGGCCAGAUGGAUGUGUCUCCAGGACAGACGGCCGACGAGCCUGUUCAUCCAGUGAACAUUCCACGCAGGGAGAAAGAUUUCCAGGGAAUGCUGGAAUACAAGAAAGAGGAUGAACUCAAACUGGUCAAAAACCUCAUACUUGAGCUAAAGCCUCGUGGAGUGGCAGUGAAUCUGAUACCAGGUCUGCCGGCAUACAUCCUCUUCAUGUGUCUGCGUCAUGCCGACUACAUUAAUGAUGACCAGAAAGUCCGAUCUCUACUCACCUCCGCCAUCAACAGCAUCAAGAAGAUCCUCAAGAAAAGAGGCGAUGACUUUGAGACUGUUUCCUUCUGGUUGUCCAAUACAUGUCGUUUCCUGCACUGCCUGAAACAGUACAGUGGUGAUGAGCAAUUCAUGAAGCAUAACACUCCUAAACAGAACGAUCACUGUCUCUCCAACUUUGACCUGGCCGAGUACCGGCAGGUUCUGAGUGAUCUGGCCAUUCAGAUCUACCAGCAGCUCAUCAAGUGUAUGGAGAACAUCUUGCAGCCCAUGAUCGUCUCUGGCAUGCUGGAGCAUGAAACCAUCCAGGGUGUGUCCGGGGUGAAGCCCACGGGUCUCCGUAAGAGGACGUCCAGUAUCGCUGAUGAGGGGACAUACACGUUGGACUCCAUCAUCCGGCAGCUCAACUCCUUCCACUCCAUCAUGUGUCAGCAUGGAACCGACCCAGAGCUCAUCAAACAGGUGGUCAAGCAGCAGUUCUACGUCAUCGGCGCCGUCACCCUCAACAAUCUGCUGCUGCGUAAAGACAUGUGCUCCUGGAGCAAGGGCAUGCAGAUCAGGACAAAAUCAGCACUCGUGUAA